AUGAAAAGGGGCCAUUUGACCCCGCUUGGUACGUUUAGUGUUAAUUAAUGGUUUAGGUUAAGUUCAAAUUAGAUUUAGGUUUGCAAAACGGGAAAAUGUUAUUAAACGAAACGAUGCCGUUAAUUGACAAGAAUUCGGUCGACUCGUAAAUGGGAAAUAUUUUCAGACCCGGAAGUGUCAUCCGCAAUGGCCGACAACGAGAAUACACGUAAAGAAGAAUGUGAUAAUGGCAAGGAAUAUCCUAAAGACGAGAAGUGUCCGAAUGACGAGAAGUGUCCGAAUGACGAGAAGUAUAUGAACAAUAAAGAAUAUCCUGAUGACGGGAAACAUUCCAGAGAAGAAGAGGAAGAAGACGAAGAAGAGGAAAAAGUCGGAGGAGAGAGAUCAAGUCGAAGCAAACGGAGUAUAAUCGAACCACCACUGAGGCCUGGAUAUCGUAAAGAUAAAACUGGCAAAGUUCGAAAAAUCAUUGCCGACGACGACAUACUGCAAUAG